CUGUACCAUAAAGUUGACCACUUGACUGUCAAUAUUCACCACUAUACCCAUAGCUCAAUGUAGGACUUUUUAUUCCCGAGUUCGAUUUUCACCCAAGGUCGAAUUACCGCGGCGAACAAUUCGUUCAGUUGCGAAACUCGUAGAAAAGCGCACGUUGCCCUAUACUAGUUUAGCCACUACUGUUUGCCGCAAUCUCAACAGCCGUACUCAGGAUUACCUCUUCGAUUCACCAGCGGAGCCUAGAAUACGAGUGUGAUUGCAAUCACCAAUCACAACGCAGGUAUUCAAAUUGAUUUAAUCUGGUAUCUGAUAUAUAGACCAGGAUAACUCAAAACUGUUCUAUCCAACUUGCGUCGCACAACAGGCCUCUAGUGGUGUCGACUGAGAGUCCACAGCAUCCACUGGUAUCAGUGAGUGAGACGAAUUGGGCGGACCUCAUAGAACAAUUCGUACCUCCGGUUUGGCGCUUACAAGAUGGAGUUUCCAUUCCAUAUUAAGGACCACCUAAUACCUACUCAACAUGUGAGAGAAUACGCCCGCGCAACAGCCAACUCACAAGAAGACACGCUGUAUUUGGCUGUUAAACAGUACAUCCCCAAAGACAAUCCGUCACCACAGCCUGGCGACGUAACCAUCAUUGGCGCACAUGCGAAUGGGUUCCCGAAAGAACUGUAUGAGCCGCUAUGGACGGAGCUACACGUCGCAGCCAGGUCCCAUGGCUUUCGAAUCAGGGGAAUUUGGAUUGCGGACGUGGCAAAUCAAGGGUACAGCGGGGAAGCCAACGAGCUCACACUUGGUAAUGACCCGUCGUGGAGUGAUCAUGGUCGCGAUCUCUUACACAUGACCAACGUGUUCAGGAAAGAGAUGCCGCAGCCUCUCGUCGGUGUCGGUCACUCUUUCGGUGCAAACUGUCUGACACACCUAUCACUAUUACAUCCGAGGCUGUUCACGACCUUGGUUCUUUACGAUGCAACGAUCACCAAAUUCGGCUUCAAGUCCGUCGGGCCAGGCAUCUCACCAGCCAAAGGCUCUGCAUAUAGGCGCGACACUUGGUCAACGGCCGAGGAAGCCGCUGAAGGGUUCCGGCGCUCGCCAUUCUACAAGUCCUGGGAUCCUCGUGUGCUCGAAGCUUGGAUUGCUCACGGCAUUCGACCUGCUCCUACGGCUCUGUUUCCCGACGCCGCCCCAGGCACUGUGACGCUGCGCACCACCAAGCACCAAGAGCUCUUCACAUUCUUCAGGCCGUUGUACCACUACACGAACGAGGAUGGCACUCUUGACCUGUCGAGGGUCCGCGACUUUGACCCUGCUGCGCACGAGGACUUCAACGGACGGGCGGCCUUCCCCUUCUACCGUUCCGAAGGGCCCGGAAUUCUAGCCAAACUCCCCGAGGUGCGCCCGUCCGUACUGUUUGUGGCGGGGGAGACCUCAGACCUCAGCACGCCCGAAAAGCGAAAGAUUCGCCUAGAAACCACCGGGACAGGGGCAGGAGGCAGCGGAGGGGCGAAAGCGGGCAGGGUAGCGGAAGUGUUGAUGAAAAAUAGGGGACACCUGUUCCCGAUGGAGGUGCCAGGCGAGUGUGCCGAGCAUGCUGCGGCGUGGAUCGGAAAGGAGAUGGGAAGGUAUAGACAGGAGCAGAUUAGAUACGAAGAAUGGGUUCGGAGCAAGGGGUUGUUAGAGAAGAGCACCAUGGACGAGGAGUGGCUGGCCAAGAUCGGACCACCGCCGCAGAGGCAGCCAAAAGGGAAAGGAAGGGAUGCGAAGUUGUAAUAUAGUGCCGUCUAGCCCUAUUGUAGUAUUGACUCGACGUCACUCAUGCGUCGCCGCCUUAGCCCACUAUAUUGAUACAACUUGUGGAAGCAAGGCUGCGCGUGGUGACUCCAAUUCUUUGCAAUACUGUCAUCGCCAAAAUAGCAUUUUGUCAUAGAGUAUGUGGUUCAGGUUUCUCGCAACGACUUAAAGCAUACACGGCAGCUCUCAAACUGUUCUCC